GAGGCUGAUUUCCUGUGAUUUCAGCUGCUGAUCAAUUUGUCACGUAUCGCACGUAGAGGAUUGAAAUGAGGAAAUAUCAGGAAGCAAAAGUUCACAUCCGAUCGCCGCCUCCUCUCCGCUGACUGAAGAGCUGAAGCUCUCCUCACACAUACGUGCAGAGUGUGUUCGUCCGGUUCUCAAACGGAGGUCUGCGUUUAGAAGAGAGGUCGUCAUGAAGCUGGUGGUCUUCCUGCUGCUCCUCCUCCAGGUGUCCGGGUCUGCCGACAGCAGGUGUUUCUGUCAGGUCACAGGUGACCUGGACGACUGCACUUGUGAUGUGGAGACAGUCGAUGGCUUCAACAACGACCAGCUGUUCCCCAAACUUCAAACUCUUCUGGAGUCUGACUACUUCAGGUUCUAUAAGGUGAACCUGAAUAAGCCGUGUCCAUUUUGGACGGUCAACAGUCACUGUGGUCUGAGGGACUGCGCUGUGCAGCCCUGCUCUCCUAACGAGGUGCCAGAGGGGCUGAGAUCAUCCUCGCACAACAAGUAUUCGGCAGAAGCAAACGAGCAGCUGGAUGAAUGUGAGAAGGUGCAGCAUCUCGGAGCUGUGGAUGUUUCUCUAAGUGACGAGACCAGAGAGGCUCUGCUCAGCUGGAGCAAACACGAUGACGAGGCCGAACGCUUCUGUGUGGUUGACGACGAGGAGUCACCGGACUCCCAGUAUGUCGACCUGCUGCUGAACCCGGAGCGCUUCACGGGCUACAGAGGACCUGAGGCCUGGCAGAUCUGGAACAGCAUCUACGAGGAAAACUGCUUCAAACCUUAUACUGUCAAGCGACCACUAAUUCCCAGCUCCAGGUCUGGAGGCGAAGAGACGACCUUCUACAGCUGGCUGGAAGGUCAGUGUGUGGAGAAGAGAGCUUUCUACCGCCUCAUCUCGGGCCUCCAUUCCAGCAUUAACAUACACCUGAGCGCCAGAUACCUGCUGGAAGACAGCUGGUUUCAGAAGAAGUGGGGUCAUAACGUUUCGGAGUUCAGACAGCGCUUCGACUCGGAGCUGACGGCCGGCGAGGGGCCGAAGAGGCUCCGCAACCUCUACUUCCUGUACCUGAUAGAGCUGCGAGCGCUGGCCAAAGUCCUGCCAUUCUUCCAGCAGCCGUCCUUCAGGCUGUACACCGGCAGACCCGAGGAGGACCAGAAACACAAAGAGCUGCUGCUGCAGAUCCUGCAGCUGGCCAGAUCUUUCCCGCUGCACUUUGAUGAGACUUCUCUUUUUGCUGGUGACGAAAAGGAAGCAGCCAAACUGAAGGAGGACAUCAGACUGGCCUUCCUGAACAUCUCCAGGAUCAUGGACUGCGUGGGCUGCUUCAAAUGUCGACUGUGGGGGAAACUGCAGACUCAGGGAUUAGGCACAGCGCUUAAGAUUUUGUUUUCAGAGCGACAGAUUGAAGCUCUGCCCACUUCAAGCGACCGACGACCCAGUUUCCAGCUCAGCCGGCAGGAGAUCGUCUCUCUCCUCAAUGCCUUCGGAAGGAUUUCCACAAGCAUCCGAGAGCUGAAGAACUUCAGAUCGCUGCUGGCAGAGGAGCGGUGACCAUCAACUCUUCUGAUGUAAAACCUGAUCUGUUGUGGCUGAAGAAAGGGCCUGUAUUUAUCAAAAUACAAACUUACAGUUUAUUACAGUUUAUUAUCAAGUGAAAAAUAAAAGAAAUUCUUCACUUUAAUUCACAGACUUAAGAAUAAAACCUGUUUAUCAAACCUUUGACUUAGAAGUGCUGUUGAAAGCUGCAGAGGUCUGUGAAGUUGGUUCAGAGUAGAUCCUCAAUGACUGCAGCACAGACAGAGCCGAACACCGAACACGCCUGUUUUCUGUCUGAUAAUAAUACAAAUAGAAAUGAAAACAUAAUAAUAAUAAUAACUGUCCAAACAUCUUCAUUGCCUGCACUUGUCAGUGUGGCUCUAAAUUCUCCUUCUUCCUGUGACGUACCUCGUUGAACCACAGCAGAAUUUUGUUUCCAUUUCAGCAAAUUUCCUGUUAUUUCAUCCUUAUUUAUUGUACAAUAUAAAUAUAGUAUUUCAAGAGGUUUAAAUAUUUCACACAAAUAAGAAAUUGCAUACAGGAUGUUCUUACAAAAUAACAAACCACUGCAUAACUGUAAGGAUUUUUUUUUUUAAGAAUUUAGAAUAAAUUCUUCUUAUUUAGAAUAUGGCAGAUUUAGGGUCAGUCUUUAUAUUUGAUUGGUUAUUUCUUCUUUUCAAUCAUGUGAUCAAUCCUGUGAUCAGCUGAGAGUUGCUGUUAAAUGUGACUUUUGCUCUUGACAGUAAUUCGGACGAAGUCACUUGAUAAACGUGCCUCGUUGCUCGAACUGUUUCAGCCUGAAUUUGCCUCUUUGCCUCUCAUUUGAUAAACACAGGCCCAGAUUUCAUCAGCUGAGCAGAGUCUGUUUAUUUUUCUGCAUUUUUUUCUUGAAUUAACAAGUCACUCCUCUUCCAGGUGCCUGCUACUGUUUUGUUUUUGUUGUGUAAUAAUUGCAGCUAUAAGAAAAGACCAGAGAUUGUAAAUUCAGAGAAUAUAAAUAAGAUUUUAGACCUUGAUCUUUAACUGAAAAGCUUUUUUGACUGAAAUAAUUUCUGAUAAUGUUCCUGCCUGAACUGAAACCUAUUUUACCUGAUCAGACAUUUUACUGUACAGCGGCCUGUUGUUUUUGUGAUUCUGUUGCUGUCCUGAGGAUGGCGCUGUUUGCAUAGAAAACUGAUUUUAUUUAAUGAACUUGGCAAAAUCCAAAUGCUUUGGAAAGUUUUCUGGAAAAAUUUAAUAUAGACUAGAGACAUAGUGUGUGGAGGUGAACAACUGUUUCCAGGUGAAAAUAAUAUAUUUUUAUCAUAAAGUUUCUUAAGACCACUGUUAUGUGAGAGCUAGAGGCUGGGUUUGUGUUUGUGUGUGUGUGUGUGUGUGUGUGUGUGUGUGUGUGUGUGCCUGUGUGAUAAUCAGCAUUAAAUAACAAUGACACUUGUUUGUUGUGAAACUGUGUAAAUUGUAUGAGCCCAUCAAUAAAGAUCAGAAAUAACAUGGAAAACUUAAUAUGAAGGUGUUUCAGGGCAGAGAAGGUGGAAAAAGGAUGGAGGAUUUGGCCUGUUAAAUACAUUUAUUUUAAAAUA